AUGGCUAACGAGGCAAAAAUCGCCUUCUCGUGGGCCGAUCUCCCUAAAGAACUCAUCGACAAGAUUGGCAAAUGCCUCGACACGGAGACCGACGUCCUCCGCUUCCGGGCCGUCUGCAACUCAUGGCGCUCCUCGACGGCGCCGUUUAAGAACCCCCUCCAGACGCCGAUCAAGCUCCCGUUCCCAUUCGCCCCUGACGACGGCGGAUCAGGCGAGUACUUCGCCCUCACCGAAAGAAUCGUUUACCGCGUCCAAUUGCCUGAUUGCAAACAACCCAAUUUCUGGGUGGCGAAGGUCGAGAGGUCCGGCGACGGCAAAAUGCAGCUUCUGAAUCCUGCGAGCAACCACAGGAUAAAGAUCCAGCCGGAAACGCCCAUUCCGAAGGUGCUCGACACUUUGAAUUAUCGAAUUUCUGAGGUAUGCCGGGCUUACACUCUCAACUAUGUGAAUCCUGUUAAAUCCAAGCGUAAGCAUGACUAUAAAUACGAUAAGAAAGUCUCUGUCUCGUGGGGUGUGGAUAACAGUGACUGCAUUGUGAUGGCGAUUUUUGGUGAGAAAGAACUGUGGUACGUAAAAUCGGGUGAUGAGAAGUGGACUCAGGUUUAUGAUAAGUAUGGUUACUACAGUAGUAGCUUUCUUGAUGUUGUGUUCUUCAGCGGCAAAUUUUAUGCGGUUGAUGUGAAUGGAUCUGCGUGGGUGUUUGAUUCUGAAUUCGGGCAAACUAGAAUCAUGUAUAAUUUAUUCACCGAUGCUUCUAAAAGGCGUUUGGUCGAACUGUAUGAUAGGGAGUUGUAUUUGGUAGAGGGGUUGACUGAUAAGGACAAAAGAGUCUGUAGGUGCCGUGAAGAAUACGAUGAUGCAUGUAUAUGUAGGUUUCCGAAUACCCCUGUUCUUGGUACGUUUGUUGAGAUUCUGAUUUAUAGGAUGGAUAAACAAAGGGGGAAUUGGGUUAUGGAUAAAACAGUAGAUGAUCGGAUAAUAUUCGCAGGCGAUGAUUGCUCAUUUUCUCUUCCUGCAAAGGAAUUUGAGGGAUGUGAUGGGACUCGUGUUUUUUACACGGAUCAGUACUUUGACUAUAAGACCAAGGAGGAAAAGGUGGUCUAUGCUCAUGAAUGUUUUGACGAGUGGGAAUGCUCUUCGGACGGUAUUUCUGGCAGUGAUUGUUAUGAUGAUGAAUAUUUCAUGUGUGAUUGUUGUGAUUCUGAUGGUGAUGAUUAUACUAAAGUUGAUGGCUUUGUUCCUGCUCCUGAUGUGAAAGUCAAGUUCAGAGAAUUGCAUGGUCAUAAUACGGGCGUGUGUGAUUUUGGAAGUGGUUUCCCGAGUAUGCUGACAUAUUCUGGCCACCGCCAUCUUGGCUCAAAUAGGGUGCUUCUUUUGGAUGUUUACAAGGUAGUAGCUUUUGAAUGGUAUCAGUAAACUGAAGCGUGCAUGCUUUUGUUGUAAAUAUAAUGAUGCAAUAUCAUGUUUAGUAAAUGAUGCAAUAUACAGUAUCAAGUUUAGCAGACUAUUUUUGUUGGCCCGUUUUGCUGUUGGUAGCUCUUUGUUGCUAUUAGUAACAGUAUUACAUUAGGUUCUCUAGUAAUUUUGGUAGUUUAUUUUAUAAGAGCUACCCAACAACUUUUGGAUUGAUGUAUAUUAGAUGCAGCAUUUUCUGGUGUUUUCUGGGGGCGUUUCUUUUAUUUUAUUUUUUUUU